AUGGAUUUCACCCAGCUUGAGGCAGCUUCAGAUGGCAGAGAGAAUGUGUUAGUAAUCACCCAUGUGCUUAACAAAUUUACAGUCGAAGUGCCAACAAAAGAUCAGUGGGCCAGCACCGUAGUCAAAAUCCCUGGUACAUGACUGGUUUCUUGUGUAUUCUUCUAGACUCGGCUCUCUCCCAAACUCCUUUUGAGUUGCGUUCUUUUCUUCCUUAUAAUGCAUUAUUCAUACUGAAUUGAGGGAAAGAGACACACCUCUCUCUCGGUCAGCGACCGAUCAUUUUUUUCUUCUUCUUCUUUAAUGCCACCCCAAGGUACAGAGCGAUACUACUCUCUAUGACUGGUCAUUCAUUUUUGUUUUAAAUGCCACCCCGUGGCAUGGAGCAACACCGGUCACUUGGAUUGCGACCGAUCCUUUUUUUAACGCCACCCCGAGGCACAGAGUAACACCACUCUCUCUGUCUGCAACCGAUCCUUUUAUUAACACCACCCUGUGGCACAGAGCAACACUGCUUUCUCGAUCCGUGAUAGCCUGCAUAGCAAUCGUUUCGGUGUGGUUUAGGACCAAAGAACGAGGAAGGAGAGUCAAACACCGUGCAAAAAAAUGGUGCCAGCAAAAGAACGGGGAGGGGGCACCCCGUGGCACAGAGUGACACUUCUCUCGCACACCACGACCGUUGUUAUCAAUUUUUUUCCUAAUGCCACCGCGUGGCACUGUGGACAAUUACAAAAGCUGAUCUUCUGCCCUGGCUAUCAGAAUACCUUUUUCAACUAUGAAGACUAAAGCUCUCCUCAAAAAUCUAUAAAACGCUCAUUGUUUUCUCAUGCUUCAGUACAGAAACGCGCCGACUUCUUCCUCACAGGCAGCUCUUUCCAAAACUUAGCACUUCCUAACCCCCUUAGCAAGAAGCUCACAAGAAUUCCCAGGAGGACGUGUUUGGACACAGAACCGACAAUAGUACAAUGUGGGCUAGUAAGUUAAACAACAGCUUUUGAAAUUCACGUUUUCUGUGCAUGCAUUUUUGUCUUUCACCAUAUUAGGGUAUAGUGGAGGGACAAGGGUUAAUGCAGGGCAGAAACGAGGUUCCAGGAAAAAUAAACUCUUUCGUUUUUCACGGACAAAGGCCUUAUGGAUUGUGAGACAGAGGAAGAAUUUCAAGUGCAGUUGGCAUCGCUUAAGGACGUCUGGAUUGAGCAAGAGAAAGCCUAUCUGCCUGCUGGGAAGCAGCCAUCAUAUCACCAGUAUAUCUCGGAAAAGGUGACAGGGUUAUCUUUUUUUCAAUGU